CGAUUCAUUGAAUAUGCGGGAUAUUGCGUGACCGAUUAGAUCGUACUGCAUUUCACUACACCAAAAAUCAAAAUGAUGCGUGAACUCGACGUGGUUUCCGCCCUGAAAAAGGAUUCCGUACUACCUCCAGCGCAGAAAAAGCCGGUCGAUUACAGGAAGAAGAACCUAAAGGGAAUGCCCGAGAGGUUUCUGUUCGAGUGUGCCAUCAAGCUGAGCAUGAAACCACUGACAUCGGCUACGGCAGCCGUCCUGUUCCAUCGAUUCUACCGAGAAUCGGAUGAAUCGGAAUACGAUCCCUAUAUGAUUGCCUCGUCCUGUCUCUAUCUGGCUGGCAAAAUCAAGGACGAUCCAGUGAAAAUCCGUGAUGUAAUCAACGUAGCUCACAGCACCAUCAACCGUGGAGCUCAACCGCUCGAGCUUGGCGAUGAGUACUGGUCCAUGAGGGACACCAUUGUCCAGGCCGAACUGUUCAUCACUCGCAUCCUCAAGUUCGAUCUGACAACGGUACACCCACACAAGUACAUGCUGCACUACAUGAAGUCCCUGCAGGAUUGGUUCGGAGUCAAGGAAUGGAACGCGCUUCCGGUGGCCAAAACUGCGGCCUCUUUCUUGCAGGAUUUCCACCACAGCGCCAAGAUCCUGGACCAUAAGCCCGACCAUGUUGCCGUGAGCUGCUUGGCCCUGGCAUUUCAGGCUUACGGAGUGCAAGUUCCACUUACAGAUGAUGUGGAUGAAACUACCGCAUGGUACAAUAUUUUCUGUACCGAUCUUACCCGUGAAAAACAUUGGGAGAUAAUGGAGGACAUCGUGGAAAUCUACAACACGGAAGCAGAAAUUGAUGAAACUGAUGAGUGACAAAUCGCUCAUUCGCCGGUAUAACAAGCAAGAGGCUUCUUAUGACACAGUACACUGACAGGUCCCAUCGAUUUUUCCGCUUUACUUUUUUGCAAGUUCACCAUUUUUUGAAUAUUUUCGAAUAUUGAAGUACAAGUGAGAGUAUUAUUACCCAGGUUCAUCGCUUCAUCAACUGGCGUCUAGCUGACAGAACUGCCGCGUGAAUUCAAUCCAUAAAAAUGCGGUGGUAGAUACAGCUGUAAAAAAAACUCUUGCCGUAAACUUAAAAAUGAUGCAAAUUUUCGUUAAUUUGUAAGUGAUAGGUCGGUGAUGAUGUUUGAUUGCAGCUUGUAAGUGAAGUGGGGAGGCGUAUCGGUCCGCACCAAGUUACACUCUGACAAUCCAAUAUCUAGAAUUAAGAUUUGUUUUAGGUUUACGAUGCCAUAUUCUCUUUUGGUAUUAUUAUAUUUUAUUUCAUCUUAAUACAUCGUUCAAAGGAAAACAGCAUUUGCAUAUUGGUAACUAGAUUUUGAGAAUAAAUUGUAUAAGUGAAUACAAUAAUCACACUGU